AGUGUCGACUAUAAACGCGUAAACAGAAUCAAUCAGCUGAAGUUCAAACAGUUUUCAAAGUGUAAGUUAGGCCGUCCACCUCCCUGUGUAUUCAUUCUGCUUAUUUAGAGCUUAUAACUGUGGGGUUGAGCAGCUAUGACUGGAAACAAACCCUGCAGCGAGUAAGGGCCUAAUGAGUUGCUCCAUUCAGGCCUCCCCUGUGUCAUGCCUGUACCAACUAUGGCGGAGCCUGUACUCGACCACGAGCGGCGCUUCCAGGCUGCCGUGGAUGUCAUCCACAACCUCCCCAAAAAUGGUUGCUACCGGCCAUCAUACGAGGUAAUGCUGCGCUUCUACAGUCUGUACAAGCAGGCUGUGUGUGGACCAUGCGAAGUACCUCGCCCAGGCUUCUGGGACCCUGUUGGUCGAUACAAAUGGGAUGCAUGGAACAAAUUGGGCGAGAUGGAGAGAGAAAGUGCCAUGGCGGCAUACGUGGAUGAGAUGAAAAAUGUUGCUCAGGAGGUCAUUGACACAAUGCCAAUGGAUGAGAAGACAGCCUCUCUCUUCCACCACUUUGAGCCGCUCUACCACGUGAUCCACGACAUGCCCAGGCCCCCACAGUCUCUUCUUGUGUUACGAGAAGAACUGACGGAAAAAAACAGAGCCAAAGAUGAGUCUGAAACUGCACCUCUUAUUGACAGUGUGUGCCAUGACUCGGGCCUGUCCGAGCCUCUGGUCCUAACGAGCGACUCUGAGAGUGAGAUUUUCUGUGACUCAGUGGAGCAGCUAGACACCAAGGUCUUAAAUGGCUUCUAUGAGAGCCACCCUAAGAGCCUAGUGGAGAAGAAAGCAGACGGUCGACAGGCAGGGGCUGGUGAGGGAGGAGAGGGUGCCCGGGACAAAAGAGGACCAAUGAGAAGCCGGGAUGGUGGACGAGAUGCUUCUCACUGGAGAGAACGUGGACUGGCAGAGGGCGGUAUGAGGCGUCUGGGUCCCCAUGGCAACAGGGGCGUGGGUGGAGGGCAUGGAGGGGGUGAUGGAGGCGAUGGAGGGGACCGCAGAGGAUCCUGGGGCAGCCAUGAGGCUCAGCUCCAGCAGCAGAUUGUACUGGCCCUGCACAGGCUUAGAGAAGACAUGAAGAGUGUGGGGCAGCGUCUAGAGAUGUUGGAGCGGCUGGCAGCAUCAAAUGCCCUGGGGUCAGAGGAGACUCCAUGUUGGCACUGUCCAGGCUGUAUGUGUGAGGAGAAGUGGUGGCCUUUUGAUGUGUCCCUCCCAACACUGCUGGCCUUCCUGGUGUGGCCCUUCGUCGCUCAAGGGCUGCUCUCCCUUCUCAGAAAAGGCAAUCACAGAAGAAGAAUCUCUUCAUGAAACAGUCAUAUUAUCAUUAAUCUGAAAGGACUGGUCCAUUUAAACAGUCUGUGUAUGUUCACCAUUAUAGGUAAUGAAUGAUUGAGUCAUAACUUUUGGACAUUUAUAUCACUGACCAUUGAAGUUUUAAAAAGGGCCAUUGCAAUAAGCUGAAUGUGGCUGGUAGUUCUGUAAUAUCUCUGAUUUGUGUCAACAAGCACAGUAUAUUCUAAGAAUACUCAUUACAACAUUUCCAUGAAUAUUUCAAAAUUACACACUGUGUGUGUAAUUUUGAAGUAUUCA